AUGUACUAUUUCUCCAUUUAUCCUCUGGUCCUUUUCUUUCUCUUCUCCAUAUUCCACCAUCUUCCUUGUGCUUCAAGUAAACUUGAAUUAUGUGAGACUUUGUUUGAAUGUGGUAACAUCACCGCCGGUUUCCCAUUUUGGGGAGGGACACGUCACAGAAAUUGCGGCCAUCCGUUGCUGGAGCUUCUCUGCAAUAAAAACAGCAGUACCUCUAUUAUCAUCUCAGAACAAGAGUACUCAGUUUUCCAUCUAAAUCAAACAUCUAACACUAUUAAACUUACCAGACCAGACUUUCUAGGCUCUUUUUGCUCCUCUGUGUUCACCAACACAACCUUGCCUCCCCAAAUUUUUGAGCUUUUGCCAACCUACAAGAAUAUCACUGUAUUCUACCAUUGUGACCCUUUUCUUCCUUACCUUUCAAGUCAUACAUGUCCCAAGAUAGGUCUUAUCUCAUUGUCUGAAAAUCAUAACGGUACAUGCCGUAAUGGUUUCACGGUGAACGUUCCGACGAGUUUUGUUGCAACAGAGAAAAGGUUGAAUAUGACCAAUUUAGAAAGUGUUUUAAGCAAAGGGUUUGAGGUGAAGUUGAAGAUUGAUAGAACAGCAUGUCAACAAUGUUUAUCCACUCAUGGAAGCUGUGGAUUUAACCAUACGUUGCCAUUAGGAAAUAAAUGCAAUCCACUCCAUCCGCAAACUAAGUCAGUGGGUGCUUGUGGAAAUAAUCAGACCUCGAGUAGAUUUGUCUGUUAUCAUAACCAUACCUCUGGUUCUGGACCAAGGAUGGCUGAUGGCUUGUCCUCUGGAUCGGUAGUAGAUUCUGGAGACCAUGUCGUGACGUCUACUGCAGUGGCAAUAGGUUGCGCAGCAGGUGUUAUAUUUCUGGCGGCAUUCAUAACGGUGUGUCUCCAUUGCCAACAAAUAUCACAUGAUCCGGGUCAACAAAACCUCAGGACUGUUCCACAACCAAAUAUCGAACCAUAUAAUCCACUGAAGAAGUAUAGUUAUGCACAAGUGACACGAAUCACAAAGUCAUUUGCAGAAGUGGUUGGGAAGGGCGGAUUUGGCACUGUUUAUAGAGGAACUCUUUGUGAUGGCCGUAUCGUUGCAGUGAAGGUAUUGAAAGACUCAAAAGGCAAUGGUGAAGACUUCCUCACUGAAGUUGCAACCAUUAGCCAAACUUCUCAUGUUAACAUUGUUACACUGCUAGGAUUUUGCUCUGAAGGUUCCAAGAGAGCAAUUAUUUAUGAAUUUUUGGGAAAUGGGUCUCUUGAUAAGUUUAUCUCAAGCAAGACCACGGUGGAUAUGGAUUGGCCCACACUUUAUGGGAUCGCUCUAGGCGUUGCCCGUGGUCUGGAGUACUUGCACCAUGGUUGCAGAACAAGGAUUAUACAUUUCGACAUUAAACCACAAAAUAUACUCUUAGAUGAUAAUCUUUGUCCCAAAGUUGCAGACUUUGGUCUUGCUAAGCUAUGCGAGAGGAAAGAAAGCAUCUUGUCACUACUAGACACAAGAGGAACGAUAGGAUACAUUGCACCUGAAUUGUUUUCAAGAAUGUAUGGUAGAGUUUCCCAUAAGUCAGAUGUGUAUAGCUACGGAAUGUUGGUACUUGAGAUGAUAGGAGCAAGGAACAAAGAAAGAGCUGCUCAAAACUCUUCAUCUGAUGCGAGCUCAAUAUAUUUUCCUGAAUGGAUAUAUAAGGAUAUUGAGAAGGGAGACACUGGAAGUCUUAACAUGGAUGGAAUCGUCUGCAAAGAAGAGGAGAUGGUUAGAAAAAUGACAUUGGUGGGUUUGUGGUGUAUUCAGUCUUCCCCAAUAGAUCGCCCGCCAAUGAAUAGAGUUGUGGAAAUGAUGGAAGGGAGUGUGGAUGCUCUUAAAGUGCCUCCCAGGCCUGGUUUGCAAAUUCAAGUAGCGCCUCUUCAAGAAUCUUCUACCCCCUCAGAGAACAUUUCAGUUUAUACAGAGUAUGAUCCAUAAACGUCACAUACUCUCUCCGUUUCAUAUUAAGUGUUGUUGUAGAGAAUUUUUAGAUGUCAAUCCAUUUCUAAGUAUUUCAAUUCAAAGAGAAUUCAGGUUCAUACUUAAGCUAAAUGCAAUCAAUGUAAUGAGGUGAUUUGAUUAAGCUUCUUAGAAUCAUAGGAAAUGAACAAAUAAAUGAUAAGAUCCUUCAUAUGAGUUUCAGAGAGAAGACCUUGUUCACCUCGGACAACAAACGCAUCCUUGAUAGAGUGCGAUGUAACACUUAGAUUAAAUUCACAGAAACUUGAUUCACACAAUAAACAUGUGGUUUUUGAAUUAAGCUAGGCUAUCAACAGAAAUCAGUAAAAUGUUGUGAAACUUAGGAGAAUAGAAUCUAUAUUAUUAUAAACAUAAGGAACUAUUUAUAUAUAAAGAAUUACACCGUCAUAGAAUAAUGGAAAGACUAGAAUAUGGAAAUACAAAUAUAGAAAUAGUACAAAUCAUAAGUCUAAAGUAAAUAGGAAAGUAGCCAAAGGAGAAAAGUAGCCGACUCUCUCUCUCUCUCUCUCUAGGGCGUAGCUGUCUCUCUCUCUCUCUAGACAGGCUGACUCUCUCUCUAAGAUAUGGG